AGGAGCGUCAUCAAUCACCUUUAGUCCAUCUAGGGAAAGCAAAAGAGGCCCGGCUGCGCCCAAGCAGGUGCCCGAAAAGGGCCCCUUGCAGGUGUUGAGCCUGUUUGGUGAGAGCUCCGGAAUCUAUGCAGCUUGGAAAGGCGCCAAAGUUACUUGCGCCUUGCUGGAGAGCGAAGCCAAAGAGUCUGCUUCAGCUCUGGAGUUGCUAGCAGCGAGGAACCAAUGUCACAAAGAUGACAUCGCCUACGUCACCCUCAGCGAGGAGCCACGAUUUGAUGAGCUCGGAAGCCAGUACAAGA